AUGAUGUCGAUGGAGAAGGUGAUGAUUGAGGCACACUGCACAGAAUGGUGGUUGUGUAACAUGACACAUAAGCCUUCGUCGUUCGGAGAUGGUGAGAGGUGGAAAUGGUGGAUGUUGGGAGGAUUAGAGUUAACGAGGCACGCAGCACGCUGUACACAAUGGUGGUUGUGUAACAUGACACAUAAGCCUUCGUCCUUCGGAGAUGGUGGGAGGGUUAAGGAAUUUCAGUUUCAGUUCACAAUGAUGCAACAACCCGGAGGAGCUGUCCCACCACCAAUGGCUAUGGAUCAGCAACAGCAGCACCAGCAACACCAGUACCCGCCUCAGCAAUGGAUGAUGAUGCCGCCGCAAGCUCCGCAACCCUGGGCCCAACAACCACCAUUCCAACAGCAACAGCAGUACGGUGCUGCUCCAGCAAACGUUUCUGCUCCUGCAGUGGCCUCUGGUGGAUCCGACGAGCUUCGGUCGCUGUGGAUCGGGGACCUUCAAUACUGGAUGGACGAGAAUUAUCUCACCACUUGCUUCUACCAUACUGGCGAGCUCGUAUCUGCAAAGGUAAUCCGUAACAAGCAAACUGGUCAGUCUGAGCAUUACGGGUUUCUGGAGUUCAGAACUCAUGCUGCUGCUGAAAAUAUUUUACAAACUUACAAUGGUGCGCUGAUGCCAAAUGCUGAGCAAUCUUUCCGCAUGAAUUGGGCUUCUCCUGGAACUGGUCAAAAGCGCACAGAUGACACUCCUGACUACACUAUAUUUGUUGGUGAUUUGGCUCCUGAUGUUACAGAUUAUCUCCUACAAGAGACAUUUUCUAGUGUGUACUCAUCAGUCAAGGGUGCAAAAGUUGUUACUGAUAGGAACACUGGACGUUCCAAAGGUUAUGGAUUCGUUAAAUUUGGGGAUGAGGGUGAACAACAGCGGGCCAUGACCGAAAUGAAUGGUAUUCCCUGUUCUUCUAGGCCCAUGAGAAUUGGCCCUGCUGCUAACAGAACACCAAUGACUACUACUUCUACUGAGAAAGUUUCUUUCCAGAAUAUUCAAGGAAAUCAGGGCGACAGCGAUCCAAAUAACACCACAAUAUUUGUUGGUGGUCUAGACCCCAAUGUUACGGAUGACCAUUUGAAGCAAGUCUUUUCCCCAUAUGGUGAACUAGUCCAUGUAAAAAUACCAAUAGGAAAGCGUUGCGGGUUUGUCCAGUUUGCUAAUCGGCCAUCUGCUGAACAAGCUCUAUCAAGCUUGAAUGGUACCCAAUUAGGUGGGCAAAGUAUUCGCCUUUCAUGGGGACGUAGUCCUUCGAACAGACAGUCGGAUCAGACUCAAUUGGGUGGUGGUUCAUAUUAUGGUUACACACAAGGGGGGUACGAAGCUUAUGCCACAUUAGCGAUCUGCUCUGCAGAGGAAUUCUUGGAGCUGUGCGAAUUACCUUGGAUGCGUCCCUGUGUAGCUUCAUCGAUUUAUACAGCUAGCUUAACUGGUUGA